AUGUUAUCUAUCUAUCUAUCUAUCUAUCUAUCUAUCUAUCUGUUAGUCGCUUAUGUGUUGGUCAAUGGUAUUUCAUAUAUGUCAGCAAACGUACUCGUAAUGCUCUCAACACAGAGUUAUGAAAUGUUAUUAUUUUCUCGCAAUUACAUUCAAACAUAUCUAUUGACUGCCUGUCAGUCUAUUUAUCUAUAUUCGUGUCUCUCACGUGUCAUUCCCUCUCAGUUCAUUGUCUAUCUAUAUUCGUGUCGCUCACUGUUCUUUCAUCUAUCUAUCUAUCUAUCUAUCUAUCUAUCUAUCUAUCUAUGUACAUUUUCCUCUCAGUUCAUUGUCUAUCUAUAUUCGCGUCUCUCACUGUUCUCCCAUAUCUAUCUAUCUAUCUAUCUAUCUAUCUAUCUAUCUAUCUAUCUAUCUAUCUAUCUAUCUAUCUACGUUUCCCUCUCAGUUCAUUGUCUAUCUAUAUUCGUGUCUCACUGUUCUCUCAAGUCUAUCUAUCUAUCUAUCUAUCUAUCUAUCUAUCUAUCUAUCUAUCUAUCUAUCUAUGUUUUCCUCUCAGUUCAUUGUCUAUCUAUAUUCGUGUCUCUCACUGUUCACUCAUAUCUAUCUAUCUAUCUAUCUAUCUAUCUAUCUAUCUAUCUAUCUAUCUACGUUUCCCUCUCAGUUCAUUGUCUAUCAAUAUUCGUGUCUCUCACUGUUCUCUCAAGUCUAUCUAUCUAUCUAUCUAUCUAUCUAUCUAUCUAUCUAUCUAUCUAUCUACGUGUCUCUCACUGA